CCAGGAUUGAGAAAUCCUGAGCUAAAUAGCUCCCUGUUGCUUCACGUUGUUGCUCAUUUCUGUCAUUUUGGAUCACACCAGAGCUGACAACAGAAAAUGAGGAGCCGUGUCGUCUUGCUGUUUGCUGUGCUCUUCCUGGGAACCGGAGCCGCCGUCCCACUGCGUGAAACUAACCACAGUCGGGUUCAGGAAAACUUUGAUUUCAAUCAGACUCUUGGACAAUGGUUCUCGAUUGGAUCUGCUGGUGAUAGCCUCUGGUUUGAGACACUGAUGGGUACCUCAAGAAUGAUCAAAUUUAUAUUGUCAGCAACUGAAGAAACAAACAAAUUCAAAGCCAUCCUUGUGCAUGAAUGGAAUGGAACAUGUAUUAAUAUGACAGUAUACUAUGAGUACCUGGAAAGUCAACAAAUGUUUAAAUAUAUUCCUGUGCCAGGCUAUGAUGCUCAUAUUGCCAUUCAAGUCGGUCUCAUCCAGUACCAGGAAUUUGCAUUUUUAAUCUAUGACAGUCAGAUACAAGGAAGAAAGACCAAAUCAGUGGCUCUGUACGGAAGGACACGGAAGCUGAGGACAGAGAUCAAUGAACAGUUCAAAGAGUUUGUGUUAAGACAAGGGAUCCCAGAAGAAAUGAUCAUGUUUCUGCCUGAUAAAGGAUCCUGCUCGGGAAACGAUGAUAUUUGGAGCACAGGGAGACGAUGAACUUCUGGUUGUUCCCAAUAAAGUGUAGCUGGAAAUAAAAGAAAAAAACAGUGAGAACAAUGA